CACUCCACAACGUCCGAAUUCAAAAUUUGGAAAUACUCACAUCCCAUAAUUGCUCUUGCUAAUAUUUCAAUCGCACACCGGAAACUUGUAUAAGAUGGCAAUCAAUGAACAUCGUGAUCCCAGCGGCGCAAAUGACGCGUUAGUCUCUGAACUGGGACCAAAUGAUCACAACAGCAACAUUGCUGCGGCUAGAGUCGCGAAAAUUGCGGCGGAAAAGGCCAAGAAAGACGCUGCAGAUAAGGCAGCUGCUGACGCCAAAGCCAAAGCUGCAAAGGAUGCCGACGAUCUGGCCGCAUGUCGAGCCGAGAUCAUCACACUGAAAGCUCAGCUUCAAGAAGCGCAACAACUUGCCACUACGAGCAAAGCCCAGAGCACAGAAGCGAAGUCAACUACCGACGUCCUUCAACGUGAUCUGACAGCCAAGUCAAGUGAGCUAGCUGCCGCCAGAUCCGAGAUCGACAAUCUCAAGACCAAUUCGUCCAGCUUGAGCAACCGGGUAUCGCAAUUAUCAUCAUCAAACGAGCAACUGCAGUCACAGUUGGAUCAGCAGAAGAGCAACUCAUCAAGCCUCAGCAAUAAGGUGUCGGAAUUGUCAUCAUCAAAUGCGCAGCUGCAGUCGCAAUUGGAUCGAUGCAAGCUGGAGCGAGAUGCCAACUGGAACGAACUCCAGCAGCGCAAGUCGGAGCUGGACAAUGGGGAUGUUACAGUUCGCCAGAUUACAUAUGGUGGUAGAGACUUGACAAGUGACGGAAACAUCGCUUGGAAAGUCAAAGAGCGCGUUCGUAACGGAUGGGGAAUUCCAUUUACGAAUGACUUCUUUGGUUGCGAUCCUCAGCCAGGAAGUAGGAAGUAUGGAGUAGUGCGAUUUUGCAGGUCUCGCAAGGUUGAGGGAUGGGAAUUUGAAGAGAAAGCAAGUGUCCCUUAAAGCCUAAUCGUUAAGAUUCAGAAACAAUGCAGAUAAAAUCUAUUUAGAUUCUGUAGUUACGCAUUUCCUUUACAUUGGGCAUUUGCCCUUGAGAUUCAAUGACAAGUCAAUUGUGAUAUCGCCCCCG